AUUUUGGAAAAAAAAAUCCCCACUCGAAUUUGUGCUUGGAUUUUUUUUUAUUCAUAAAUGGAAAAAUUGAGGAGUAACAGUAAUAAAGAGCAAAUCUGUAUUGAAUGAGCAUAAAAAGGAGAAUAAUGGAAAAUGUUAAUCGGCUCAUUGUCGUCUUGACCGAAUGAAAAGUACAUCUAAUCGAUUGUAUAGAUGAGAAACAAUCUCAGGAGCCUAUUCUGAACACGAAGGGGUGUACUCUGCGAUCUAACUCAAGUAAUACCGGCCUGCUAUAUAUCAGAGAGAGAGAGAGAGAGAAAGAGAGUGGGCGCGCAGAAGGGUGCUCUCGGGUUGGAGAAUAGAUUCGCGCCAGAAGCGUUGUACGUUCAUUGAUAAGCGUACGACCUACGGCUAAAAUGCAUGACGUCAUAUCGUCCUCCAGAACAUUACAGCGACUGCGCUAUGUUAUAUUUUUGCACUCAAUAUAUAUGUAUAGAUAUAUAGAGAGAGCUUUGCUGGAAUAAGGGAUGAUUUUCAAAAAAAAAACAACUGCGGAUAUAGGACAAUACAAUGAUGGAUAUUAUAAGGAAUUACUGGAUUAAAAGAAGAUAUGAAACUAGAUCGAUAGAAUUGACGAUAGCGAUAACGAGAGACGAUACUCAGAACUCAGGGAUGUUACAGUGCUGUGGCGUUGGAGGUGGCGCUUCCACGGCACCUCAGGCUCGACUGCUGGGUACUGGUCUUGCUGUCGGAGCCACCACCUCCUCCAGGACCACUAUUAUGCAGGACCCCGUUCUCGAAUCAAUCCUCGAGCAAAUGCGAGAGGCAGAAGCUCGCAGGGCAGAUUUGGAGAGACAGCAUGCGGAGGCACAAAAUCAAUUGCGGGAAAAGUUAGCAGGACGUUAUCAAGGCCCCGAAUCAGUUGAGGCAUUACAAUCGAAAAUUAGAGAAUUAGAGAAAAAAACUGAAUUACAAAUGGUGAAACAUGAGGAAUUAUCUCUAGAAUUAACGAGUUUGAGACGAGCUCGAAGUAGAGGACCAACUGCUGGCCAGUCGAUACCCACCUCAUGGCCACCUGCCGGAUCUGAAAUAGAUAGAAUUAUGGCAAGAAUAGAACAAGACAGUAGUGGCAGAAUUCUUCAUGAUCUCGAUCAUAUGAGAGGCGUGACCACACAACAACCAUCGGUCUCUCAAAAUUUACUUCGAUCAAGCGCAGAAAAUCUUUCUAAUCUCGGACAACAUCAACAUCCACCUCAUCCACAUGCACUUAGUCUUGGAAUUCCUUCUCAUCCACAAGUUCCUCACUACGCAGGUUCACCAAUGCCAUUAACGCCCAUGAUGCCCGGAUGUCCACCAUUGACACCAAAUGGCCCUCCAUAUCAUUAUAGUGAACCAAUACCACCAGCACCAUCACUAUCGACAAGUCAAUCUCAACCAGCCUUUCAUCAAAAAUUGUCACAAUAUCAACAGCAUCCACAGCAUGUUGAUAUGCCAAGUUCUCAUUCUCAAACUGCUCUGCCAUCGCAAAAGCAACAACAAACGCACACACAUUUUUCGGGUAAUCAAUAUCAAGAGAGUUAUCCUCAUACGCAAACUUAUCAACAACCCCAUCAACAACAACAACAACAACAACAACAGCCUCAACAUCAACUUCCGGCUUCGACGACGUACCUGACAUCAGCCAGAGAUACUGUCUUACCCCAUUAUACUCAGCCUAGUCAAAGUACACAGAAUUAUCAAUUAAAUGGGACUCAACAGACAACGACUUAUCCGAAUUUACCAAUGGGAUCCCAUCCAAAUGGAACGUACAGUUCUGUUGCAACCAACUUUGGAACUCAAUUAGGACAUCAUAACUAUUCUGUACCACCAACGACGUUACCAUCUUUACAAUCGACUUAUCAUCCAACAACAUCUUAUCAUUCGACACUGGGCGCUCUCAGCAGUGCUCCACAAACCGUACUUCCUUAUACCACCGUUCAAAGUACCUAUUCAACGACAGGAUCCACAUACUCAACUGUUGGGACCAACGCUUACGGUGCGUCUGGAGUUAGUUCAGGAGCAUCAUCGGGUGGUUUAUUGCAAGCAAUUGGCGAUCCACUUCAUGCGAUGCAACAACUUUCUGCUCAAUCACAAGCAAAUCAACUUCAACAACAAGCAAUAAUUCAUCAAAUACAACAAAGUCUACGUUCAACAUCGCCGACAGUUGCUGGAACAACGAGUCAUCAUUAUCUUGGACAAAGACAAAUGCCAAAAAUACCAACAGGCAUUCUUACAAAUCCAUUAGAUCGAUUGACAAAUGAGCCAAUGAUACCCGAGGGACAAGUUGAUAUGUUAGAUAUACCAGGAAAAGGAAGAUGUUACGUUUAUAUUGCAAGGUUUACAUAUGAGCCAUUUCAACAUUCACCAAAUGAAAAUCCUGAAGCUGAAUUACCAGUACAAGGUGGUGAUUAUCUUUUGGUUUGGAGUCAACCCGAUGACGAUGGUUUUCUCGAUGCCGAAACAUUAGACGGUCGAAGGGGAUUAGUGCCAGCGAAUUUUGUACAAAAACUUGUUGGCGAUGAUCUAUUGGAAUUUCAUCAAGCUGUUCUUGGAUUAAGAGAUGUUGAUGAUUCAGUUUCUACUAAUAUUCCACAGUGUUAUUUGCAGGAUAUUGAUUUGGAAUUAGCGGCUCUUGAGGAAGGGAAUCGUAAUCGACAAGCUGAAUUAUCGGCGUAUGCAGAACUUGACAAUAUAGCCGAGGAAGAUGAACAAGAACCUCCAGAAGUCUACCUGUUUUCGGACCUAGUUCCGGCGCCUCAACAUCUCACACUCGAGCGUCAACUAAACAAGAGCGUUCUGAUUGGCUGGACGGCACCGGAAAAUCCCCAUCAAUUGGAAUCGUAUCACGUCUACGUGGAUGGUGUUCUUAAAGUGACGGUAAAAGCCACCGAGAGGACCAGAGCACUCGUUGAAGGCGUCGAUUCAACCAGGCCUCACAGAAUAAGCGUACGCUCUGUGACGCAUUCACGAAGAACAUCAAGAGACGCUGCAUGUACAAUGGUGAUUGGAAAAGAUGUUGCAAUGGGUCCUACUGCUGUUAAGGCAUCAAAUGUUACGGCAACGAGUGCAGUUAUUUCCUGGUUACCAAGUAAUAGUAAUCAUCAACAUGUGGUUUGUGUUAAUAAUGUUGAAGUAAGAACCGUAAAACCAGGUGUUUAUCGUCAUACAAUCACUGGUUUAGCGCCAUCAACAAUAUAUCGUGUUACCGUGAAGGCAAAAAAUUUAAGAGCAACAAAUUUCGAAGAUCAAAAUGCUCAACAUGCAAAUAAUCAGGCCUGCCACGUUCAUUUUAAAACAUUGCCCAAAGGACUUCCGGAUCCUCCGGUCGAUAUCCAGGUGGAGGCUGGACCGCAGGACGGCACUUUGCUAGUGACCUGGCAGCCUGUUGCCCUAAACGGUUCGGCCGUCACCGGUUACUCGGUUUACGCCGACGGGAAGAAGGUCACUGAUGUUGACAGUCCUACUGGUGACCAUGCUCUCGUUGACAUACAUAAAUUAAUGGGCUUAAAUCCAAAACACAUUACGGUCAGAACCAAAAGUAGAGAGAGUCAAUCUGGCGAUAGUUGCGCAACAGCAAUACCAUGCAGUGUAUUGCGUGGUGGGCCUGCUCAUUUACAACAUAAUCCACAGCAUAUGAUCGAUCAAACGCAACAACAACAACAACAAUCGGGUAUUGUUACAAUUGAUGAUCCACAUAGAAUGAUUGGUAUUGGUCAACGUUAUCCAAAUUCACAAAUUCCACCACAUUUAAGAAGGCACAAUACAAGGGUGGACGCUCAUGGACAAGUGAUUAUUGAAACUGAUGAAAAUCUUUCCGAUAAGGAAAUUUAUCCUGGACAAAGUAUUUCCCAAAUGGGAAUCCCAGAAAUUACAAAAGACUCGGCUAGUGAGAAUUAUAGUGAAGAAGAUGAUCCAACGAGAAGAGGUAGAGGUAUGGUACAAGGACAACGUUAUGGUUAUCGAGGCGAUCCUUAUGCACCGAGAACACCAGAAGUUCAUCGAUCAACUAAAACGGCUUCAACAAUAAGACAAGAUCCUUAUUAUGAUCAAACAGUUGCGAGCCAAAGGGGAAGAGGAGGACAAGUACAUCGAGGAAGAGGUGCACAAGCUCAAGGUGUGUCACAUCAUCAACCAGGUGGUGCUCAACAAGCGAAUAUGAGGACAAGAUGGUUUAUUGCACUUUAUGAUUAUGAUCCCACUACAAUGUCACCAAAUCCAGACGCAUGUGAGGAAGAAUUACGAUUUAAUGAAGGCGACAGUAUUAAGGUUUUUGGCGAGAAAGAUCCUGAUGGUUUUUAUUGGGGUGAAUGUCGUGGAAGACGUGGAUAUGUACCGCACAAUAUGGUCGAAGAAAUGAAGGAUCAAAAUCAAGGUGGACAAGUUCAAAGUCAAACGAGAAGAAUUGGACAAGUAUCCGGUGAUCGAUGGGGUGAUAUUUAUUCAAAUGUUACAUCUAAAAGAAUGAUUGCUCUCUAUGAUUACGAUCCUCAGGAAUUAUCACCCAACGUUGAUGCUGAGCAAGUAGAACUGUCUUUUCAAACUGGAAAUGAGAUUAUUGUUUAUGGAGACAUGGAUCCUGAUGGUUUUUACAUGGGUGAAUUAAAUGGAGUUCGUGGUCUUGUACCAAGUAAUUUUUUGACAGAAGCUUGUAGUCAAACUCAAGGCCCACAAGGCCAAGGGAGCAGAAGACCUCCAGGCCAAGGCCAAGGGCCUGGUGCUCGAGGUCCUCCUCCUCCCCCACGUGAACCCCCUCCUCCAGGUCAUCGACGUAAUAAAGAUGCCUGCAUUGUGCCUGUGUCUGUCCCUGUCUGUCACUUAGACUCUAGACAACUACAACAACAACCACUAAUGAACAACCAACAACAUCAACUACAAUAUCAACAAAACAAUCCACCGCAUCUAGCGUACCAACAAGCGAAUCACCACAGCUACACGACUGUAACCACGUCAAAUCAACAUGGACCAAUGGGUGUACAUAAUGCCCAUCAACAAGGUACCAUGCCACCCCAUCUUCAACAACAGGGGAGGGGGAGAGGCGUGGGCAAUCGGGUCGUUGGUAGUAAUAUGCCAGGUGGUCUUCAGGGUGCGCCGCAUCUUCAGCAACAGGGUCAACCGGGAAAUCAACCCUAUCAGCAACAAAUGCAACAGGGUCAACAAAAUCAGGGCUAUCAACAACAAGGAUAUCAGCAGCAAAGUUUUGGUCAACAAAAUCCUCAAUUUCAACAACAGCAACAACAACAGCAGCAACAACAGCAACAGCAACAACAAUAUUCACAAAAUCAAGGCCCAUCGAUGCAGGGCCCUCAGGGUCAAAAUAAACAAAUACGUGGAAUACCUGCUGUUAUACCAACUGCGCAAUCAACACAACAAAUGCCACAACAACAACAACAGCAACAAUCACAGCAACAACAACAAAGCGCUGGACCGAAUCUCAUGCAAAAAUUCACCGAAAUGGCAGGAGCAAGUGCUGGUGGUGAUAUUCUAUCGAAAGGAAAAGAACUCAUCUUUAUGAAAUUUGGUUUAGGCAAGUGAGUUUUUUAUUUCGAUUUUAUUUCAAUUCGUUAUUUACUCUCCUUUUCUUGAUCCUGGAGUAAAAAUAAAAAAAAAAAAUCGUUAAUGAUCAUCGGUAUGUGAUCGAAAAAAACGAAUUUUACAUAUCUCAUUCCUGGACAAUGUAUAAACAAAGAGAGGAGACUGUAUAGACUAUAAAAAAAAAAAAAAAAAAAAAAAUUAUUCACAAUGAUGAAAAUUUUUUUUUACCGCCACUGUUGUUGCUGCUGCUGCUACUGCCGCCGAUGCUGCUGGAUAAAUAUAAUAUAUAUAAAUAAAUAUAUUAUCCGUCUGGCAAAUGAUGUUCAUUCUGAUAAAAUGAUCAUCUCGAACGAACGAAAUACGAAACAUUUGUCGUCCUAAAACGAUUGACGUCGUCCGAGUCUGUCGAUGCCCCGUUUAUUGUCCGCAGAGGUCAAGAGUAUUGAGAAGGAUUUUUUUUUUUAAAAAAAGCGCUGAUAUAAGUAUUUUAUUAGGCCUAUAAGCCUGAUAUGUAUAAAUUUUAGUCCAAAAUGAACAAUAAUUAUAGAUUCUCUUUCUCUCUUUCUCUUUCUUUUUUCACUAAUUCCUCGCAUGGAUGGGAAACAUUUUGAAAGGACUUGUUAGAAAAAAAAAAUGAAAAUAUGAUAAAAGAUUCAUAUUCGAUGUCAAAAAAAAAAAAAAAAAAAUUAUUCCCCUUCUAUCAGAAGAAUAAGACUUCAAAUACUUUCAAUUACAAGACUUCUAUAUAAAAAAAAAAUAAUAAUAUAAUAUCUUUAGACAGUUAAAGAGUUGAUCUCUCUCCAGCAAAAUAAGCUUUAAAAAAAAAAUAAUUCUUACGAAAAAUUUCUUAUCGUGCAAUUAUUGCAUUCUCAUUUGUAAAAGAUGGUGAGAAAAAGGUUUUCAAAAAUGGAAACUGCGGACGAGAUACACAUAGGAUGAAAAAAUACCAUCAAUAGUUAUCGAAUAGUGCGAUAGAGUAUUAAUAAAAAAAAAAAAAUAAAUAAAUAAAUGAAGAUGAACAGGAAGCGGGCGUGCCUUGAGAUGCCUCACCCUGAAACAAACAAUAAUCAUAUCUAUUAAAAUUUUAAAAAGAAGCUAAUCGUUAAUUUAUCGUGAAGAAAAAAAAAAACCGAGUAUGUUUCUGAAUGAAGAAUGAUUGCCUAGUUCUCGUGGUACGACAAUAAACGAUUAUCAUUGAAAAAUAGUUGUCGUUCUUCGAGAAAAAAAAAAAAAAUUAAAAAAAUUUGAACACAACUUAUUUCUUUCUUCUUUUUUUUUUUUUUUAGUAAGCUUUUGAGUUUACCAGCAAGUCUAAGGACAUUGAUCCUGACCAAUUUGUGGGUAAUCUCUUCGAAAAAUAAAAAAUAAAAUUAAAAAAACAUUAAUAAAAAAAAGGACGAAUGAACAUUAUUCAUAAGGAAAUUUUUUUCGAAUUCCAAUUUAUCGAAAAUUGGUAGAAUUUUCCAUUGAAUUGAAUUUUCAUAAUUAGGGAUUUUUAUUUAGAAAAAAAUUAAAUAUUUUUAAAUAUGAAAAUUCGAUUCAAUAUCAAAAUCUACUUUCUAAAUGUAAAAAUUUAAUUUGGAAUUUCCACAAAAAAAAAAAAAUUCUUAUUUCCAUUGUGAAUAAUAUUUAAACGUUUCUAUAAUAAAACUAUAAUGAGCCCUAUUUACAUGCUCAUCUGAAAGUUAAGACAGCUUGUUAAAUGUCCAAGGCAGCUGUCAACCACCACGAAAUUCAAAUUUUUCUAUCUAAUUCAUUUUAAUUAAUAAUUUAUUGUAUGUAAAAAAAAAGAAAAAGAUAAUCCCAAACGGAUUUUAGGAUAUAUUUUUCUUUAGAACAUUUUCCCAUAUCUACAUUUCAAAAAAUUUUCUAUUUCGAAAUUAUAAAAAAAAAAAAGAAAUAUUAUUAUAUCCUAUUAAAAGAUAUUAUAUUAAAAUCUGAAAGUUUCAAUAAAUCCAAUAUCCAAUGAUUGUUAUAAAUUCUGAAGAAAAUAUUUUACGCACGAGAUGAAAGAUUGAUAAAUUAAGAGAUGAAAUAUUAAUUUCUUCUUUAAAAAAAAAAGAAAAAUAAAAACAAAUUAACAUUUAUAAUAAGUUCAUGUGUACAUAAAUUUAAUUUUUAAACAUUUUCAUAAGUAUUACAGCUGUUAUUAUCAAUAUUUAAUGAUUAAAAAUAUUGAUAAAUACGAAUUUAUUAUACCUGUUAUUAUCAUUAAUAAUAUAUUAGCAAUUUGAUAGAAAACUUCUUAAAUUAAUAACCAAAUAAUAAUUAUAAUAGCUUGAAGAAAAAAAAAACGAAUAUUGAUGAUAAUAAAUUAUACGGAAAUUAUCAUCGAACAAAAAACGAUAAAUUAUCCAAAAAAAAAAAUUAUAUCAUCAAGAAAAAACGAAUAUUGUUGAAAAAUUGCUAUCACAUUUUAAUUUAAAUAGUUUAAAAAAAUAUAAUAUUGUUAUAAUAAAACAAUGUUAAAUAUGUUUCAAAAUACAGAAAUUAAAUUUUAUUAGUAAAGAAAUUGUUUUCAUAUAUAUACAGAGAAAACAAAAAGGAGAGACAAAAAAAGAAAAUAAUGGAUUUUUUUUUUUAUUAUUUCGUGGUGGUACAUACUCAAAUAUUAAUGAUACUUUCGCUACAAUAAGGGGAGAAAAAAAAAUGUUAAGAAAUCCACUCGACUAUCACUUUUCAAAUUUUGAAAAUUGUAAGUUGUAAAAUAUUCUGUCGCAUUCCAAACAAACAAACAAAAAAACUAAAUAAAUAAUUAAAUAAAUAAGUAAAAAAAAAAAAAAGUCUUUAGCUUGCUAUCGCAAUCGUAUAUACGUAUGACGAUGCGCCGAAAUACACCCGCCAGAAUCUGUCAGCUGUUCACCAUAAUCGUGUAUAAUUAGACAAAUUUUUUAGUAAUUUACCAUUAAUAAAUAUUCAUCAAUAUUUAUUAAUAGUAAAUUAUUAAUAAUUAUGUGAAAAAAAUAUAUACAUUACCGUUAGAAAUUAUUUGAGAAAUAGCUUUCAAAUUUUUUUUUUGUAAUUAUUAAUUAAUUAUUAAAAAAUAAUUUUUAACAAUUCAAUUGAAUUAGAUAGAAAAAAAAAUUAUUUAUGCAAAUACAAAAUGAUGGAUGUAAAAAAAAAGUAGAAUUUAAUUUUAAUUAAAAAUCAAAUUAAUAGAAUAAAUUUAUUACAUUUUUUUAAAAUUCAUACUGUAAUUAUCACAAUAUUGUUAAUUAUUGUAUUUUCUCAUUAUUGAAUGAAAGAUCACUUUGUAAAAAAAAAAGUCGAUAAUUUUUUUUGGUAAUGAAUAUAUACGUAUAUAAAAAUUAGGAAGUAUAUAAAAUUAAUUAAAACUAAGAAAUUUAUUGGUCUUGACGGACCAAUGAAAUAACUUAGUCAAUACCCGAUAAAAAUUUAUACAUAUAAUUUUUGUAAAUUUAUUUACAAUUAUAUAUGUAUAAAUUAUAAAAAUAAAAAAUCGGGUACAUCAAGUGAGAGGAGAAAAAUGACAGUGGGUGCAAUAUUUGCACGUGUGUACGCAUAAUAGCAUAAAAUAAUGAUUUAUAAAUAAUAUACAUAUAUAUAUAUAAAUAUACGUAUAAAUAAUAUAUAUAUAUACAAUAUAUGUUAUAUAUUAUAUUAUAAAUAUUAUAUAUACAUAUAUAUAUAUAUAAACAUAUACAUACGUAUACAUAUAUUUAAUUAUUGCAAAUCGUUGUUACAUCGCUACUUGUAUCGUAUUUUGUACAAAGUAUAUCUAUAUACCUUUAGUUUUUAUUUCGCCAGAGAUUUACGAGAGUAAUAGGAAGAUAAGAGAAUAAAAAAAAAUAAAAACGUUGGUACAUUAUAUGCUGAAAUUAUAUCUAUGGCGUUUAACCAAGUUAUAUUGAGAGAAAUUUAAGAAAUAUUGAAAAUUGCGUAUUUAAGCAAAUAAAAACGACGCAGGAGAGUGUAAGAAAUUGUUAGGAAAAAAAAAAAGAAGUAUUAAAAAAAAAAGGAGGAAAGCUAAGAAAAAUGCACGUUUAAGGCGCGCCGUUGCGCAUAAAAAGAAAAUUAAUCGAUACGAUUGCAGUUAUUAUAUCGAUUUUAGAAGAUAAUAAUUAAGGUCCUCGAUAUUCGAAAGGCUGUAUAACGUCGAAAAAAAAGAAGGGAACUGUUUUUUUUUUUUUUUUUCUUUUUUUUUUUUGAGGGUGGUGGAUCGGCGCCUCGUCAGUUUCAAAAAAAAUAAAAAGACGUUCGAUCUUUGCUUUUCUUUAAGAAAAAAAAAUAAAUCGGCUUUAAAUAAUCAGUGUGAUUCGAAAACUCUUAGGAUAAGUGCAAAGACUGCCGUAUGAUAAUCGAGGAACUGCGAGGAAUUUUAUUUCGAUAUUUACCUGACCGAUGUACAAAGUUCAGUUUGUCUUUUAGUUUUACCUCCGAUCCAUUGUUCGACGGUUUUCUAGAGAAUUGUAAUGCGCCAAAUAAAUAUACGUACACUCUUCAA